GGCUGCCUCCACUGGAGCGGACAAACACUCGGUUAAGGACAUUUUCUUUAGCAUGGAGUACGGGCCGGCCCCGGAGGCUGCCAAUAUAGCUCAGGCUUGGCUUGAUUCUCAUCAGCGCAGCUUUGGACAUUUUAUUGAUGGCAAGUGGUUAAAACCUGAAGGCCGAAAGACCUACACCACCAAGAACCCAGCUACAGGGGAGGCUCUGGCCACCACAAUCCAAGGAGAGGAUGAGGAUGUGGAGACUGCAGUUAAAGCUGCACGGAAAGCCUUUGAGUCCUGGAGUAAGCUUCCUUGCCAUGUCCGAGCCCGCUAUCUGUACAGCAUUGCCCGCACUGUACAAAAACAUCAGAGAUUACUAAGCGUGAUUGAAAGUAUGGACAAUGGGAAGCCAAUCCGUGAGUCACGGGACUGUGAUGUUCCACUUGUGGUUCGCCAUUUCUAUCAUCAUGCUGGAUGGGCACAGCUCAGGGAUACUGAAAUGAAUGGAUGGAAGCCCCUUGGUGUUAUUGCUGCUAUUGUUCCUUGGAAUUUUCCUCUAAUGUUACUCACCUGGAAGAUUUGUCCUGCUUUAGCCAUGGGUAACACCGUAGUGCUUAAACCUGCUACCUACACACGGCUGACCGCACUGCUGCUAGCAGAGAUCUGUGCUGAGGCAGGACUUCCACCGGGAGUAUUCAAUGUGGUCACUGGCAAUGGAGCCUUUGGUGGGAAACUGGCUGACCAUCCAGAUGUGGACAAAGUAGCAUUUACUGGUUCUACCGAGGUUGGGCGGACUCUGCGCAAAGCAACAGCUGGCACCGGGAAGAAAUUAUCUCUGGAGCUUGGUGGGAAAUCGCCAUUCAUUGUGUUUGACACAUCUGAUCUAGAUAGUGCUGUAGAGGGAAUAGUGGAUGCCAUCUGGUUCAAUCAAGGCCAGGUUUGCAGUGCUGGCUCACGGCUUCUUAUGCAAGAAUCUAUCUCGGAAGAUUUAGUUCGCCGACUUAAGCAGAGGAUGUCACAUUUGAGGCUGGGAGACAGCCUAGAUAAAACCAUAGAUAUGGGAGCCUUGGUGGAUGAGACACAGAAAAAAACAAUUGAGGAGUUUGUGGAAGAAGCACGGGCAGAGGGAGCAGACGUUUUCCAGUCACCUGGUCCCAUUCCGAAGAAAGGGUUGUUCUACCCUCCCACCUUAAUCACUGGAGUGAACACCACAUCACGAUGUGUGAGAGAAGAGAUUUUUGGACCAGUUCUGGUUGCAAUGACCUUUCGCACAGCAAAAGAAGCAAUAGCCCUGGGGAACAAUACUCCAUAUGGACUGGCUGCAAGUGUGUGGACAGAAAACCUUCCCUUAGCGCUUGAGGUUGCCCUUAGUAUUAAAGCAGGCACAGUGUGGGUGAAUGGGCACAACAUAUUUGAUGCAGCUGCUGGCUUUGGUGGUUACAAAGAAAGUGGAUUUGGCCGUGAUGGGGGUAAGGAGGGACUUUAUGAAUAUGUAAGACCUUCUUGGGAGAGCAGGCCCCAGCCUAACCCCGGUGAACUGAAUUACAAAACAUUUGCUGCCUCAUAUGGGGCUGACUUACCUCCUAUUCCUGGACAGAAGGAUAUCCAGCCAUCUGUUAUUCAACUCCAGGACAGCCGGAUACCCAGCGUCGACAGGACCUACAAACUCUAUUACGCUGGAGCCCAGAAGCGCCCAGAUGGAAUGUACUCUCGCCCAGUCUGUGGACCUGAUGGGACUGUCGUAGCUUAUGUCUCUGAUAGCAACAGAAAAGAUGUCCGCAAUGCAGUGGAAGCUGCACACAAAGCUGCUCCAGGGUGGGGGAAAAGGGCAGCACACAACAGAGCACAGAUUGUGUACUACAUGGCUGAAAACCUUGAGCUACGAAGGGACGAGGUGGCACAGAGACUGAGCACCCUGACAGGGCAAUCCAAGGAGAAGGCUUUGCUGGAAGUAGAUCUGAGCAUCCAAAGGUUGUUUUACUGGGGAGCAUAUUGUGACAAAUAUGGAGGCACUGUACAGGAAACCUUGCUGUAUGGGGCAACUGUUAUGAUUCGGGAACCAGUUGGUGUGGUGGGCAUUACUUGCCCAGAUGAAUAUCCUCUCCUGAGUUUUGUCAGUCUCUUUGCUCCAGCUAUUGUGCGUGGAAAUGCCGUGAUUAUGAUACCAAGCGAGAAGUUUCCUCUGCCAGCCUUAGAUUUCUACCAGGUGUUUGAUACAUCAGACCUUCCUGGAGGAGUUGUGAACCUUCUCACAGGAGGACGAGAUCACCUAGCCAAGUACUUGGUGGAGCAUCAAGAUGUCCAGGCCAUGUGGUACUUUGGCUCUGAGCAGGGUUCUAAGUUCGUUGAAUGGUCUUCAGCGGAGAACUGUAAGCGAACAUGGGUGAACUAUGGCCAUGCAAGAGAUUGGGAAGAUGUGCAUCAGGGAUCAGGUGAAGAGUUCCUGUACCAAGCUACACAGUGUAAAAAUAUCUGGAUCCCCAUGGGUGAAAUCUUUGCCAACUGAAGCCUCAUUAAGAGAUAUAAGUCGUUAGUUGGUAAUUACAAGGGAUCAGUGUAGGAUUGGGCUCAUUGAACAUUUCAAGUGCAAAACUGUGCACAUUUAAAAGUUGUUCUCAAAGGUCUGUACAUGCUCUUUGCAGCUUGCACCAAUAUAACGGUUCAGCUUGCUUUGACUAACUGGUUACCAACUGGACUCAAAGAAUCCCUUGAAUUAACACUAGUUUAGGGAGAAUUCUGCCUACGUUAUGCCAACAUACUUUUCAGGGACUAUCUAUGAGCUGCUAAUCACUAAAUAUGAAUAGGGUACCUAUAAAGAUUGCCCUUUAACUGCCAAAUAUUACUCUGUUACUUUUUAAUUCAUUACAGUGCCUUCAAAUGCCAGAAUAAUAAUGUACUGUACACCGGAAAUGGAUAUCAAGCCUCAAACAGAUGCUUUUGUGCUGCUAUAGAUCAAAUAUAUGCUAUGGGAACACUCACAUUUCAAUAAAUCCAUUCAUUUCUCAUGUCA